AUGUUGUGGGUGGAUAAGUAUCGUCCCAAAACCCUAGACAAGGUUUUGGUGCACCAAGAUAUCGCCCAAAAUCUCAAGAAAUUGGUGACGGAGCAAGACUGUCCGCAUUUGCUGUUCUACGGUCCGUCUGGCUCGGGUAAGAAAACCCUAAUAAUGGCCCUUCUCAGGCAAAUUUUUGGUGCUAGCGCCGAUAAGGUGAAAGUGGAAAACAAGAACUGGAAAGUUGAUGCUGGGAGUAGAACAAUUGAUGUUGAACUCACGACUUUGUCAAGCACGUACCAUGUUGAACUGAGCCCUAGUGAUGCAGGAUUUCAGGACCGCUAUGUGGUUCAAGAGAUAAUCAAGGAAAUGGCCAAAAACCGACCAAUUGACACUAAGGGAAAGAAGGGGUUCAAAGUUCUGGUGCUGAAUGAGGUUGACAAACUCUCAAGGGAAGCCCAGCACUCUCUCCGGAGGACAAUGGAGAAAUACAGUUCAUCUUGCCGACUCAUUCUAUGCUGCAACAGCUCCUCCAAGGUUACUGAAGCCAUUCGCUCUCGCUGUUUGAAUAUGAGAAUCAAUGCACCACCAGAAGGAGAGAUUGUGAAGGUGUUGGAAUUUAUCAGCAAGAAAGAAGGGUUACAACUUCCAUCCGGAUUUGCUGAUCGAAUUGCACAACAAUCUAAUAGGAGCCUCAGGAGGGCAAUUUUGUCACUUGAAACUUGUCGUGUCCAACAGUACCCUUUCACAACAACUCAAGCAAUACCCCCAAUGGAUUGGGAGGCAUAUAUUUCUGAAAUAGCAUCAAGUAUAUUUAAGGAGCAGAGUCCGAAAAGGUUAUUUGAGGUUCGAGGAAAGCUUUAUGAGCUACUCGUCAAUUGCAUUCCUCCAGAAAUCAUUUUAAAGAGGCUACUUUAUGAGCUGCUGAAGAAAUUAGAUUCUGAGCUGAAGCAUGAAAUCUCUUAUUGGGCCGCAUAUUAUGAGCAUAGAUUACGCCUUGGGCAGAAAGCAAUAUUUCAUCUUGAAGCGUUCGUGGCCAAAUUCAUGAGUGUUUACAAAGGAUUUCUCAUCGAGACAUUCGGGUGA